AUGCAGGGCGACUACAAUGCAGCCGUAGCGGCACUGAACACGCUGCAGAGCAACUUCUCAAUCGUAGACGCGAUUCGCAAGUCUGGAAGAGGAAUGAACAAGAAUGCCAUUCCGGAGAUGAUUGAGUGGGUCAAGAAGCUGGGCUACGAGCCCGCCGACUUCGAUAGACUGAAGGCCGUGCACGUCGCUGGAACAAAGGGCAAAGGCUCGACCAGCUCCUUCAUCGCAUCCAUCCUCGGCCAAUAUGUCGCCGAAGCCAAGGUCAACAAGACGGGCCUGUACACAUCACCCCACCUGCGCUUCGUGCGCGAGCGCAUCCAGAUCGACAACAAGCCAUUGACUGAAGAGCAAUUUGCCAAAUACUUCUUCGAGACCUGGAACAGACUCGAAGCUGCCGCCAAAGCUGCCGGUCAUGCCGACCCUUCCAGCAAGGAGACCAAGCCCGUUUACUUCCGCUUCUUGACCUUGAUGGCCCUCCACACCUACAUCAGCGAAGGCGUAGAUGCCGCCGUCAUCGAAUGCGGCAUUGGGGGCGAGUUCGACAGCACAAACAUCCUUGUGAAGCCCAGCGUCACGGCCGUCACGAGCCUGGGCAUCGACCACGUCGCCAUGUUGGGUGACACAAUCGACUCGAUUGCAUGGCACAAGGCUGGUGUCUUCAAACCCGGUGUCCCUGCCUUCUCAGCUCCUCAACCCGAAGAAGCCGUUCGUGUCCUGCACGAGCGCGCCGCCGAACGAAACACAAAGCUUGACCUUGUCGACAUUCACCCCGAACUUGAGAACAUCAAGCUCGGUCUUGCCGCAGACUUUCAAAAGACAAAUGCAUCUGUCGCCAUCGCCGCUGCUGGAGCAUACCUACGCCAGGUAGGCGUCGAAGAUCUUCCCACCUCCACAUAUCUGCCUCAGGCUUUCCGCAAAGGUCUCGAGGACGUCCACUUGGGUGGACGCUGCGAAACGCGCACAGACGCCACCACAUCGAACCUGAAAUGGCACAUCGAUGGUGGUCAUACCCUUGAGAGUAUUGAACUUGCCGCCCGCUGGUUCGGCAGCUUGAUCUCCUCGUCCACAAACUCCUCCACUCGCAUUCUGAUCUUCAACCAACAGACCCGCGAUGCUUCGUCGUUGGCUCUGAAACUACACGAGACACUGGUUUCUGCGCUGGCUGACCAGAAGCCCUUCUCACAUGCCUUUUUCUGCACCAACACCACCUAUGCAGAGUCAGGCUUCCGUCCCGAUCUCACUAGUAUAAACACCAAUGCUAGCGACAUCGAAACGCUGAGCGUACAAAAUGCUCUUGCCGAGACCUGGAAGGGCGUGGACAACAGCUGUGAUGUCCGGGUGCUCAGGACUGUCGAAGAAGCCGUAAAGGCUGCUAGAGAUGUCGCCGGACAGUCAAAGGAAGAAGUCAUGGUACUUGCAACUGGUAGUUUGCAUUUGGUUGGUGGUGUCGUCGAAGUGCUCGAGGGCGACAAACCCUAG